CCGACACUAGCGCAGCUUUGUGAGCACGCUCGGCAACCAUGAUCCAGUCUGUACGACGGCCACCUCAACGCGAGGACAGUAUGGAUAGCAAUGCCGGCUCUGUAGCAGAAGGAGGGCCGCCGAAGCGACGAGUGUUGCGACGCGCCGCGAAUUUGCUAACGACACAGGGGCAGCCGGUGCCCGCGAUCGCAGACACGGCCCGACGCGUCGAUCUUCCUGCGUACACUCGAUCCAAGACGUCCAUGUCGAAUGGCACCCACGGACGUCCUCACCACUCGAAUAGCGUACCUGUGCCCACGCCUUCCAAUGCAGCGUACCCGCCGCGAGGGAUCUCGAGGAGACGGAGCGAUGGCAGUGCGAGCCUGGGGGUUAGAGGGAGCAUCCGGAGGACGCUGCAGAGUGUGGUGAAGUCACGCUCGCGGUCACGGUCAAGGGAUGUCGAUGAGGAGGCGGUUGCGGACACAAGUCUCGGUUACCAAGAUUCGGUGCCGUCAAGAAGAUCGAUAUCUUCGCAAUCAGCGCCUCGAGACGCCUCUGGCUACGCUGCGCAGCCGACAACGAGGAGAAAGGCAAGUAUAAAGGGUCACAUUCGCUCUGCCUCGGACGUCAUCUCUGCCUGGACGAAGCCGCCUCGUGUCGCUAUUUCACUCAGCGAGCCUUUACCCGACCUCACUGCUCCAUCCCAGACCACCUUCGAGGUGACGAGUCCAAUGCCUGUUGCCAGCCCCGACGAAAUGCCAUCAGUGCUGCAGGACGCAGCGAACGCAGAGGCUACACAUGACCCAAGUACGGACGUAGCGAAGCAGCCUUUGUCGACAAUACGCGAACCUCCGUCGCCCGUGAAUACUACUGUCGCAUCCGAGUUUGCCGAAGAGCCAGCCGUACUCUCUCCCCAGAGCCCGUCGUCUGCGACUGACGAUGUGCCAAUUCCACCGCUCUUGCUUAAUGGUGUUCCCAUGAUGAAGGUGUCGGCGAAGAAGCAGAAACGGUACUUCUUUCGCCUCGAUCCUGACGAGGGCGAAAUUAUAUGGCACUCGAAGAAGCUUCGCAUCAUUCCCAUCGAAGCUAUCAAGGAGAUUCGGACUGGCUCUGACGCACGCUACUACCGCGAACAGUUUCAGCUCACGAUAUCCUACGAAGACAGAUGGCUCACGAUUGUCUACAUGCUCGAUGGCUCGUACAAGACGCUGCACCUCAUUGCUGCCACACGCGACGUCUUCCAGAUGUGGGACACGGCAAUUCGCCGACUGUACGACAUUCGGAAGCAGCUCAUGAGCGGCCUCGGGCAUGGUGCAUUGCGGCAGGUCGUGUGGGAGAAGCAGCUAUGGAAGGUCGCGGAUGAGGAGAAGGGUCAGAAGCUAGAAUUCGACGACAUCGAGCGCAUGUGCAGGAGGCUGAACAUCAACCCAAGCAGAGACGAUUUGCUGCGGCGAUUCCGGCAAGCAGACACUCAUCAGCGCGGUUACCUCGAUUUUGCCGAUUUCCGCAAGUUUGUCAAAGCUCUGAAGGCAAGACCCGAAGUUGACCGGCUGUUCAAACGACUUUGCUAUGACUCAGGAUCCACUGAUGGGACACUACGAUAUGAUAGUUUUGCCAAGUUCAUGCGCGAGCAGCAGAAGUCCACGCUUUCGGAGGAACAGCUGCAACAGCUCUUCGUCAAGCAUGCGUCCCUCCCCGAUGCCGCCGGCGAAGCUUCUUCAAGUCCUUCAGGCUCACCGGCCCGCAACGCGCUCGAGCUCACCUUCCAUAACGCGGCCAUUACAGCGGGCCUGAACCCUGGCACACCUGAACGCGGCCCCGAUAAGACAACUAACACGAGCACGUCCCAACCUCCCGCUGACACGUCGUCGUCUCCAUCGUCUGGCUCUUCAUCAACGCCCGCACCCCCGAAGCCCACCCAUGAGACGGGCGUGCUCACGUCCAAGAGCUUCACGACGUUCCUGCUCUCGUCAGACAACGCCGCGUUUCGUGAUGAGAAGCACGACAUGACGCGGCCAUUACCCGAGUACUACAUCUCGAGUUCGCACAAUACGUAUCUAGUCGGUCAUCAGCUUGUCGGGGAGAGCACGAUCGAGGGGUACAUUCGGGCGUUGUUGCACAGCUGCAGGAGUGUCGAAGUUGACAUCUACGACGGCGAGAUCGAGCCCGUCAUCUACCAUGGAAAGACGUUGACGACCAAGGUUUUGCUCAGAGACAUCUGCCAGGCAAUCGCCCGCUAUGCCUUUGUUGCAUCGCCAUACCCUAUCAUUAUCUCUGCCGAGGUGCACUGUAGCCUGCCUCAGCAGGUUCUCAUCGCGUCAAUCAUGGACGAGGUCUUCGGCGAUUCACUGGUCCAGGCCCCGGUGGACGGCCGGCCGAAGAUCGAGGUGUUGCCGAGUCCUGAAGACCUGAAGGGUCGGGUGCUACUGAAGGCGAAGAACCUAUAUGUCUCCUCGAAGGAGGGUAUACAAGAGAAACAAGUCUCCGUCGAUGCCGAAUCCUCGUCGACUGAAACUUCUACCUCUGAUUCCGACGUCCGCGAGGAGAUACGGCACGAAUGGCGCAAGGCUCGGAAGAACGAGGCUGAGAUGAUUAAAGGCCUGAAGUCCGAGUUUACGAAAGCCAGGCAGAUCAUGGAACGCGUGAACCCCCGCCGCAGCUCGAACCCGACGUCCUCCCGCCCAGCUAUCUCCCCGAAUUUGCCUGCUGCCCGCUUACCCGAGAAGCCUAAGGUGAAGAUGUCGAUGGAGCUCGUCGCGCUGCUCGUGUAUACCGUCGGCGUGAAGUGCCGCGGGCUCAAUAAGAAGGAGGUGUACGCUCCCGAGCACAUGUUCUCGCUGUCAGAGAACACGACGAACAAGCUCCUGAAGCAGAGCAUGUUCGACCUCAUCAAGCACUGCCGCUCACACCUUGUGCGUAUCUAUCCCAAAGGCAUACGCAUCGGGAGCACCAACUACGAGCCGCACCGUUACUGGUCGGCGGGUGCUCAGUUGGUAGCGCUAAAUUGGCAGACUUUUGACUUGGGGUAUAUGAUCAAUCACGCUAUGUUUCAGCGCAACCAGCGGGCGGGUUAUGUGCUGAAGCCUCCCGCAUUGCGUUCUGGAGACAAGUCGCUGCUUUCCAAACGGACACAGCACUUCCUCGAUGUCACGGUUAUCUCUGCGCAGCAGCUUCCUCGCCCAAAGGAUGCACUAGGCCGGGAGAUCAUCGACCGCUCGGUCCUAGACCCGUUCGUCGAGGUUUCGCUGCAUAUCCCCGACUGGACGCAGGUACCCUUCUUGCCUUCGACGUCCGGCCAGCGCAGCUACUCUCCGCCGCACAACACCUCAGCUGCGGCGAGCGGUGCGACAUCCGCGCGCACAGUGACCGUGAAGACUUGUGUUGUGAAGAACAACGGCUUUAACCCCGUGUGGGAGCAGAGGCUGAACCUGCCGUUUGACUGUGUUGGCGACAUGCUCGACCUUGUCUUUGUGCGGUUCGCCGUCAAGCAGGAUGAUAGGUUGGACGAGGAGCCUAUCGCUUUGUACUGCACCAGCCUCGCGAGUCUCAACUCUGGCUACCGGCAUCUUCCUUUACAUGACUGUCAACUCUCGCAAUAUCUCUUUUCGACGUUAUUCAUCCAUACCAACGUUCGGGACGCGUAAUUUCCUUGCGGCGGAAGUGGUCGUGGAGGGUUUCCCAACAGCAUAUAUACAUUCUAGGCCCAUCAUGCUCAUCGCACUACUUCAUCACACUUGUAUUUUUAGACAGCAUCGCAAACUCACUGAACAUAACGAACGUA